CACCCACCAAACAUGCUCUCCGUCGAAAAGCAGUCUUCGGGCCUGCGCAACCGCACCCCUCCCGUCGAGGCUCGACGUAAGGUCGUCCCGACCUCCGAGGGGCCAGCGCUCGCGAAGGUGCCCAGAGGUGCUACUCCCGCGAGCCGGGGGUUGUUCGGAAUGUCCCGCACAAAUCUAGGCUUGCUCAUCGCUUCCUUGACGCUCUCGCUCUAUGCGCUAGUCGGCUUCCGAUCGUUAUCGACGGUGCCAGAGUCGUAUGCCCUCUGCUCGCCCAAUGGCCCCGGUAUCUUCACCGUUGACGACGCAAGACCUCGGGCGCAGUGUCUCGUAGUACAUCGCUCCCGCUUCACCGACAUUGGUACACUAGAGGAGGUUACCGAACGCUGGAAGGACGCCUCCUACGCGUCGCGCAAUACUUCGGACGUGCUAAUUUCCGAACUUGAAGUUCGGUACAUACUUGAAGGCCAUAUUAUAGUCCCUGGUCUUAGUGACUCACAUGCACACAUCCUGGAGUAUGGUGCGAUGAAAGUUAUCCCCCUCGAAGAGACGAGGACGGUGGAAGAAACGGUACUCAGAGUAAGGGACUACAUACUAGAACAUCCCGACAUCCGUGACGACCAAAACAAGUUCAUCGAAGGCUGGGGUUGGGACCAUACUAAGUGGAAAACCCAAGCAUUUCCUACGGCGGCACAAUUUGAGGCUGACCCCGUGGUAGCGGACCGGUUGAUCGUGCUCCAGAGCAAGGACGGGCAUGCACUAUGGGUGUCGAAGCGGGUACUCCAGUCCAUAGGGACCCUGCCAGAUGAAGUACCUGGUGGAUUGAUCGUCAGAGACGCAUCUGGCAAACCGACCGGCGCCUUCUUGGACAACGCACAGACCUUGGUAGAACGGCCCAAACCUACCCAUGAAACGUUGGAAGCACGCUUUAAUGCCACCGUGAAGGACGCGCUCGCCGCGGGCCUGACCUCGAUUCAUGAUGCUGCUCUCGACCCCAUGUCACUCGAAUUCUUCCAGAGGCAAGCCGAAGACGGCAAGCUUCCACUUCGUAUAUACGGCAUGACGUUCUUCGACGAAACGAAGGACUACUGGGGGAACCGAACCAGUAAGAUCAUUGGUGCCGGCGAUGACAGGCUUACGGCUCGCAGCGUCAAGAUCUUCGCGGACGGUGCCUUACGAACUGGUUUAGCAGCGCUGUACGAGCCGUACGCCGACAACCCGAGCACUUGUGGUGUCAUGCGGAUCGAACCGGACGUGCUGAACAGCGUGAUUCCCAAAUUUAUGAAGGACGGAUGGCAGGUGAAUGUGCACGCCAUCGGUGAUCGCGCGAACGGCAUUGUGUUAGACGCAUUCGAGGAGGCGCUGAAGGGAGUGAACGUGUCUGCUCUCCGGCCACGUCUUGAACACGCCCAGAUCCUGACCCAAGCGGACAUGGCACGGUUCGGAAAGUUGGGUGUCAUUGCCAGUAUCCAGCCAACACAUGCCACGGACGAUAUGUGGUACAGCGAAGAGCGCUUGGGCCCUGAACGUGUCAAGGGGCUCUAUGCGUUUAGGAGCAUUCUGGACCACGGUGCUCGUAUCACUCUGGGAUCGGACUUCCCCGUUGAAGGCGUGAACCCUCUCGCGGGCUUUUACGCUGCGAUCACACGGCUGUCGCAGGACGGCCGAUCGCCUCAUGGGCCCGGAGGCUGGUUCCCGGAGCAGCGCAUGACACGCGAGGAAGCACUGAAGGGCAUGACGAUUGACCCCGCCUACGCCUCGUUUUCGGAAGACACGCUCGGGUCCAUUACACCUGGAAAACGAGCGGACUUUGUCGUCCUGUCGCAGGACAUCAUGUCCGUACCUGUGACGGAGAUUAUGAAGACGGAAGUCGUAGCCACCGUGAUUGACGGAAGGCCCGCACAUGGCGCGUUGUGAGUGAAAGACGCACCUUAUGGACAUUUAGCCCGUCAGGAGUUCGGAUGGACGUUUCUCUCACUGAGGUUGUAUUAGACACACCCUUUGGGCCGGUGGUUUUGGACAGCAAGAUACCGAGAUACCACUGACAUGUAACAUUCUAAGUCUAUGGCUUAUGUACAUACCCGUUCAUACCCUUCUUGAAUUACUACGUUAAGUUGACUCUCAGAUUGUACAAACGCGUUCAGCGAGCGUCUGGACACGACCACGUGCACGUGGCUAGGCGGCUGU